AUGUGGCCAUUUAUCCCGCGCAAAGUAAUGGAAUCUAUCCCAAUCAGCUCAGCACCUACGUUCCGCCCCGACGAAGCACUCCCAGAAGCGCCUGAUGCGGUAUCAGCCGUCAAAAAGCAAGAGGCCGACUAUAUCCUCCGCGUCUUCUACAUCCUCUGGAGCGCCUUUCUCGAUUUCCGCGAAACAACAUGGACCACGCCCAUUGCCGGCGUUCCCAACCACGACACGCUCGAACCCGUCAUCAUCGUCGACGAACUCAAAACCGACCGCUGGAACGGAUACUGGUCCAAAUUCCCUACAGACCGCAUCCCACCUCUUCAAGACACAACCACACGCGUCCAAGUACUCUGCACAGGCUCGUGCCUAGACACGGCGCAUUUUACGCGUCUGAUAGAGCAAGUCUUCGAAGGUAUACAUGAUCCCCGCCCAUUCAAUUCCGAUCUAAUCAACCCCAGGCAUGUCCGUCACCCUCGAAGAAAUCUCCUUCCGCCUCGACCCCUCCCACCCGACCACAUCCCUCCUCACCGGCCAAACCCACACCCAACCCUGUACCCAUCCCCUCUGGUGCCUGCGCGUAACUUCCACCCUGACCCACCGCCAAUGGGCCAUCCACCUGUCGGGCCCGCAAUACGCCAAACUCGAGCCGGCCACCGACUGGCUGGACUUUGCGCGCUCGUACAUCGCGCCGGAUUCUGA